AUGGCGAAAAAUAGUCUUCCUGGUCUAUGUUCGGAUUGUAUGACACGAUGCGCCCGGCUUACGUUUCUUUUUCAAAAAGUUGAUGAUGACGAUGAUGAUGGUUCAGAAGCUGUUUAUGGGCUUUUGCGGAGGGUUAAGAGACUUUCGAAUGCGCUCUCUGCUCUGUCGAUAAUUAUUUCGCAGCAUGGAAGUUCGGAUUAUCUCGACUCUCUCUACGAUGAGACCAAGUCAGUAUUGCAAUACUGCAGGAAAGCUUGCAGUGUUCUAGAAGAGGAAGUUCUGGAAGACUCUGUCCCUGAUAUGCACUCGCUCAUUUCUGGAGAGCGCGUCCGUAUCUGCAUCAAGUCUAGGGAUGCAAAGGUCCUAGAUCUACUCAUGGAGGUUUACGAAAAUGUCAUUACUCUACUUGCAGUGGUAAUUCUUGGAUCCUCUGGGCGAACAUCAAGCUCAUUUAAAAAGACAUAUCGCAAGCACUCACAAUCCGCUCGACGAGGCAUGAAAAAGUUUCAAUCAUCUCUACAGAAGCAUUUUGACACCCAUCACCGCGACGAUACUCUUGUCGAUCGCAUCUUCGACGAAGACAACGACAGCCAUGUGAUAUCUGGGCUGAAUCUCCUCCUUGAAGAGAUGGAGGAUACUUUCCAAAGUCGUGACGACGCAUCGAUAAGAAGUAGAAGAUCAACGCGAAGGUCUGUCAGAUACUCCAAGCUGAGUUCUUCGAGCGAAAGCAGCGACGACAGCGACGACUACAUCCCGAAGAGGCAAAAAGAGCGUACGAGAAAAUCCAGCGAGAAACAAGUGGAGUCCGAAGGACUUCAAUCUCAAAUACUCAAACUUGCCGAGGAGAAGGCACUGGCCGCAUACGCGAGUGGAAACUAUACAGAAGCAGAGCCGAAUCUGAGACGAUGCAUCGAAGACAACUCCCCGCGGAAACAAAAAACGGGACUUUCCAAGACGAUAGAAGAAUGGAGAUAUAUGCUAGCUUGGAUAUUAUGGCAACGGAAAGAAGGAGAUGAAGCGAUUGAUCUUCUGACUCCGGUUGCAUCCUCCCGCAGUGCGCCUGACAUGACACGGAUGGACGCGAGACACUUAAUGGCCAUCAUAUUGUUUGAUCGCAAAGAGUUCCAGCAAGCAGAGAUGUAUUGCAUGGAAGCGAUCGAUAUGAAGAAGAAUAAAUUAGGAAAGUCGCAUCAAUCGUUCCGCGAUUCCACCUCGCUGUUGUCUUCGAUAUACCGAGCACAGAAUAAGACGAACGACACUGAACUGCUCAAGGCAUGGGCAUCCACGCAAGAGGAGAACGAUUUCCGAGCCCUUGUCGAUACAGCCAAAGGAUACUAUGACAAACAACAACUGACCAAGGCCGAGGAAGUUGUUUUACAGUGGGUCGAUACUCAAGUCGGUGAUCAAGACUUGAAUAGGACAGUUUGGUACGAGGGAAAGCACCGCGGAAUAUGGGGCCCCAACGAUAUGAAGUGGAGAGACGCAUUCAGAAAGUCAUUGCAGCAGUCCUUUGCCUGUGCAUUCCUUGGUUAUACAAAGGGCUGCUCAAUGCUCCAUAUCCUAGCAGCUCUGGACCAGCCAUUCCUUCUCGAGAUUCUGCUAGAUCAGUAUGCAGCAAUAAAUGCAGAGACCGAAAAGACUCACUUCACCCCACUGGGUAUCGCGAUUUCCGGGCAUUCCUCACAGGCUGUCGAGUAUUUGGUGAAGCGAGGGGCAGACGUGCACACCAAAUAUUUCACCGACAGAUCUAUAUUAGAAAUCUCAGCAAACAGUUCAGAACUCGACUUGAUUCUCUCGCAGCCUGGCUGGGACUUGGAUGCCAAUUUGCGCAUGAUUGCUGAAACCCCGCGUAUGCUAUCGGUUAGAUCCAUUGUCGAAGCGCUGAUAAGCAAAGGAGCAGACAUUGAAACGAAAUAUGGAGACGGUCAAACCACUCCUCUUCUGAAGGCGUGCCAGACUAGGUCGGAAUAUGAUGCCAAGGAGAUUAUUACUCCUCUUCUCGAAGCAGGAGCUAAUCCAAAUGUAUCCGUCAGGGGGUAUAUUGGGAAAAACACGUCUAUUGAUAUGACGCCCUUGGUUUAUGCUGCGAAGAAUAACUUUACCGGGUGUGUUGAGUUGUUGUUGCAGUAUGGGUCUGAGCUGCCCGGCUAUCUGAUCCGGAAACCGCACAAAGUGAACAAUAAUGACGCUGUCCAGUUGGUUAUGGAAGCCCAUAGGAAGCGAGUCAAUGGUGCUUAG